ACGCAGCAGUCCGAGCUGCGCACGCGUGGUGCGAGCGGCUAGCUUAUUCCACGGCCCGGCUCGCGGUGUAGCCGAGUGACCGACCCGGCAGCCCUGGCGCUGCCGCUGGAGCCGGCCGGGAGCCGGUAAGCCGAGUUGUUUCGAGGGAGGAGCAGCGCGGGUCCUGCCGCGGGUGCCCUCCGCGGCCGAGGAAAAUGGUCUUCGAGUCGUUGGUGGUGGACGUGCUGAACCGGUUCUUGGGGGACUACGUGGUGAACCUGGACGAGUCUCAGCUCUCUCUGGGCAUCUGGAAAGGAGCUGUGGCCCUCAAGAAUCUUCAAAUUAAAGAAAACGCAUUGAGUGAACUAGAUGUACCAUUCAAAGUUAAGGUUGGUCAUAUAGGUAGUCUUAAACUUAAAAUUCCAUGGAAAAACCUUUAUACUCAACCAGUUGAAGCUGUUUUGGAAGAAAUCUAUUUACUGAUAGUGCCUUCUUCUAGAAUAAAAUAUGAUCCCAUCAAAGAAGAGAAGCAACUAAUGGAAGCAAAGCAACAGGAACUAAAAAGAAUCGAAGAAGCAAAACAGAAAGUAGUUGAUCAAGAAAAUCCUCUGGAGGAGAAACAGGACACUUUUACAGAAAAAUUAAUUACUCAAGUCAUAAAAAACCUUCAAGUGAAAAUUUCCAAUAUCCAUGUUCGUUAUGAAGAUGAUAUCACAAAUCAAGACAAACCACUCUCAUUUGGUAUUUCCCUUCAAAAUCUCAGCAUGCAGACAACUGAUCAAAACUGGAUUCCAUGUUUACAUGAUGAAACUGAGAAACUAGUUCGGAAGCUAAUCCGAUUAGAUAAUCUCUUUGCUUACUGGAAUGCGAAGUCUCAGAUGUAUUAUCUGAAUGAUUAUAAUGAAUCAUUGGAAGCCUUAAAAAAUGGUAUUGUCAAUGAAAAUAUUGUUCCAGAAGGUUAUGAUUUUGUUUUUCGACCUAUAUCUGCUACUGCCAAACUUAAGAUGAACCGGCGAUCAGAUUUUGACUUUUCUGACCCCAAAAUAAACCUGGAGGUUGAGUUACAUACCAUAGUGAUUGAGUUUAAUAAACCGCAGUAUUUCAGUCUCAUGGAGCUUCUCGAGUCAGUGGACAUGAUGACACAAAACCUGCCAUACAGAAAAUUCAAGCCCGAUGUGCCUCUUCACUACCAUGCUAAAGAAUGGUGGGCUUAUGCUAUACAUGGUAUUCUUGAAGUAAAUGUUUGUCCCCGUUUACGGAUGUGGUCAUGGAAGCAUAUUAGAGACCAUAGACAAAAAAUGAAACAAUACAGAGAAUUGUAUAAGAAAAAGUUAACAAGUAAGAAGCCAUCUCCUGAAAUUCUCAUGUCUUUGGAGGAGUUGGAGAAAACCUUGGAUGUUUUUAAUAUAACCAUAGCUAGACAACAGUCAGAAGUUGAGGUAAAGAAAGCUGGAUACAAGAUUUACAAAGAAGGAGUAAAAGAUCCAGAGGAUAAUACAGGAUGGUUUAGCUGGCUAUGGACUUGGUCAGAAUCAAAUGCUAAACAACCACUAGAAGUUAAACCUGGAAUUCUUGAAGAAAUGUUGACACCUGAAGAAAAAGUUUUACUUUAUGAAGCAAUUGGUUAUAGUGAAACAGCAGUUGAUCCAACCUUACCAAAAACAUUUGAAGCCUCGAAGCUUUUUGUUCACUUGAAAAGUAUGUCUAUUGUUCUGAGAGAAAAUCACCAAAAGCCAGAGCUCGUAGACAUUGUAGUAGAAGGUCUUAGUACUUUGAUUGUGCAAAGACCGGGGGCACAAGCCAUAAAAUUUGAAACUAAAAUUGAUUCAUUUCAUAUUACUGGUUUACCAGAUAAUUCAAAAAAACCUCACCUACUAUCUUCAUUGGAUGAUAUGUCACUCUUCCAAAUUACAUUCGAAACAAAUCCUUUAGAUGAAACAGUUGCUCAGAGGUGUAUCAUAGAGGCUGAACCUUUAGAGAUAAUUUAUGAUGCAAGGACAGUCAAUAGUAUAGUGGAGUUCUUCAGACCUCCAAAAGAUGUCUACCUAGAACAACUCACUUCAGCAACUUUGACAAAACUUGAAGAAUUUCGAGAUAAAACAGCAACAGGUUUGCUGUAUAUUAUUGAAACACAGAAAGUUCUUGAUCUCAGAAUUAAUGUGAAGGCUUCAUAUGUUAUUAUCCCACAACAUGGAAAUUUUAGUCCUACAUCAAAUCUACUUCUCUUGGAUCUUGGUCAUUUAAAGGUGACAAGUAAAAGUCGAUCAAGAUUACCAGAAAUGAAACUAAGUGGGGCCAGCCUUGAAGACAUAAUGCAUAGAGCUUAUGAUUCUUUUGAUAUUCAGCUUACAAGCAUACAGUUGCUUUACAGCAGAGUGGGUGAUAAUUGGAAAGAAGCACGGAAGCUCAAUGUAUCUACACAGCAUAUUUUGACACCUAUGCACGUCAAUAUAGAACUCUCUAAAGCCCUGGUUUUCAUGGAUGUCAAGAUGCCCAAAUUCAAGAUUUCUGGAAAAUUACCUCUUGUUUCAUUACGAAUCUCGGAUAAAAAACUUCAAGGGAUUAUGGAAUUGUUUGAAAGCAUUCCAAAACCUAAACCCAUAACGGAUCUACCUGCCCCUGCCAGAUCAUUCCAGAUUCAAGCAUCUACAUCUUUGCCAAUAUCACAGAUUUCUCAGAAGUUAAUCCCUUUAUUGGAACAGCCUUCUGUUAAUGAAGAUGACUCUGAGGAGGAAUUUUUUGAUGCACCCUGUAGUCCUUUGGAAGAGUAUCCUCAAAUUCUAUCUAAAUUUAAAAGUUGUCGACUUAAAAAAUUACAAAAGAAAGAUAGUUCAGUGAAUUUAAUUCAACUUACGAUGCGGUUUGAAGUAGCAGAGGUUCUGAUUCAAUUUUAUCACCUUGUGGGAGACUGUGAACUUCCUGUGCUAGAAACAGGUGUUUUAGGACUGGGUACAGAAGUUGAGAUUAGAAAAUUUGAUUUGAAAGCAAAUGCCUUUUUGAAAGAAUUCUGGUUAAAAUGUCCAGAAUACUUAGAUGAAAACAAGAAACCAGUUUAUUUGAUCACCACCCUGGAUAACACAAUUGAGGAUUUGUUAACAUUGGAAUUUAUGAGGGCUGAAAAAAAUGCACCCAAUUUUAAAUGUACCUAUAACAAUGUUUUACAACUUCUUAAGGUUAAUUUUUCCUCUUUGGAUAUUCAUUUACACACUGAAGCACUUCUCCAUACAAUGAAUUAUCUUAAUAAUAUCCUUCCACAAUUAGGGCAACAAUCUUCCCCAGUGUCUGUUGCAGAAACUGAAGACAAAGGAGAUAUCAUUAAAAAACUUGCUUUAAAGCUACCCACGAAGGAAGAUAUUAUUACCUUGCAGCUUUUGGCAGAAUUAUCUUGUUUACGGAUUUUUAUUCAGGAUCAGAAACAAAACAUUUCUGAAAUUAAGAUUGAAGGACUUGAUUCUGAGAUGAUUAUGAAGCCGUUAGUCACUGAAAUAAAUGCAAAACUAAGGAAUAUAGUUGUGUUAGAUUCUGAUAAAAUGGCUGUAUACAAAAAGGCUGUUUAUAUCACUGGAAAAGAAGUUUUCAGCUUCAAAAUGAUUUCUUACAUGGAUGCAACUGCUGGCUCUGCAUACACAGAUAUGAAUGUGGUUGAUGCUCAAGUUAAUUUAACUGUUGGCUGCAUUGAGGUUGUGUUUGUCACAAAAUUUCUAUAUGCUAUAUUGGAUUUUAUAGAUAAUUUUCAAGCAGUUAAAAAUGCCUUGGCUGAAGCAACUGCUCAAGCAGCAGGAAUGGCUGCUGAUGGUGUAAGGGAACUGGCUGGAAGAAGUUCAAGGUUUGCAUUGGAUGUUAACAUAAAAGCUCCUGUUGUGCUCAUCCCACAGUCUCCAGUAUCUCAGAAUGUUUUUGUUGCUGAUUUUGGAUUAAUUACAAUGAAAAAUACAUUUGUUACUGUAAAAGAAACCCAGAGUAAUCUCCCACCUGUAAUUGAUUUGAUAUCAAUAAAGUUGAGUGAAAUGAGACUAUACAGGUCUCAGUUUAUGAAUGGUGCAUACCAGCAAGUAUUAGACCUACUACUACCUUUGAACCUGGAAGUGAUUGUUGAACGAAACUUAUCCUGGGAAUGGUACAAAGAAGUUCCUUGUUUUAAUGUAAAAGGCCAUCUAAAACCCAUGGAGUUCAUUCUUAGUCAAGAAGAUUUAACAACUAUCUUUAAAACAUUGUAUGGCAAUAUAUGGUAUGCACGAGAUGAUGAUGCCUCAUCUUCUAGAGGUAAAGACCAUGAGAUUGUUAAUAGUGGAUCUGCCAGUGUUUCCUACCAUUCAGGAGCAGCUACUGUGGUGACAGCUGCUGUGGUGGAGGUCCACCCACAGGCUUCUCAAGCUAAUAUGACGAUGAAUGUGAGCUUCCGAACUGAGUAUCUCACCAUGGCGCUCUACAGUCCAGGGCCUGAACAGGCUGCCUUUACAGAUGUCCGUGAUCCUUCUCUAAAACUUGCUGAAUUUAAAUUGGAAAAUAUUAUAAGUACUUUAAAAUUGUAUACAGAUGGCUGUACAUUUUCUUCUUUCUCAUUAAAAAACUGUAUUUUAGAUGAUAAAAGGCCUCAUGUCAUGAAAGCCACUCCUAGAAUGAUAGGACUGACACUUGGAUAUGACAAAAAGGACAUGGUAGAUGUACAGUAUAGAACAAUCAGAGAUGCUUCUGUGACUGACGUAGUUGUCCAAGAGAUGUAUGUUUGUGCAAGUGUGGAGUUUCUGAUGACUGUUGCAUAUGUCUUUUUUGAUGCCUACACGAAUAGAAUGGCAUUAGAAACCAGUGUUCAAACAUGGACUACUAAAGAAGCACCUGUACAGGAUUUAGGGAAGUGGGAAAUUAAUAUUCUUAUAAAAAACCCUGAGAUUGUGUUUGUGGCUGACAUGACAAGAAAUGAUGCUCCUGCCUUAGUCAUUACAACACAGUGUGAAAUUUGCUGUAAAGGUGAACCUGAAAGCAAUACAGUGACUGCUGCCAUUAAAGAUCUCCAAGUCAGAGCAUGCCCAUUUCUUCCAGUCAAAAGAAAGGGCAAAAUCACCACUGUUUUGCAGCCUUGUGACUUGUUUUAUCAGGCUACUCAGAUAGGAACAGAUCCACAAAUGAUUGACAUCUCAGUAAAAUCUCUUACACUAAAGGUUUCACCGGUUAUCAUAAAUACCAUAAUAACUGUUACUUCUGCACUUUAUACAACUAAGGAAAGCAUCCCAGAAGAAAACACUUCUUCUAUAACACAUUUAUGGGACAAGAAGGAUACUAAGAAUCUGAAAAUGUGGUUUCUUGAAGAAUCAAAUGAAACAGAAAAAGUAGCUCCCACAAAUGAAUUGGUGCCUGGAGGAGAGACACUGACUUUGAAUAUUGAUUCUAUUUUUAUAGUUCUUGAAGCUGGAGUUGGCCAUAGAACAGUGCCGAUGCUAUUGGCAAAGUCGCGCUUAUAUGGGGAAAGCAAAAACUGGAGUACUUUAAUUAAUCUCUUUUGUCAGCUUGAGCUGGAAGUUCACUAUUAUAAUGAAAUGUUUGGUGUUUGGGAACCUUUACUGGAACCCUUAGAAAUUGAUCAGACUGACGAUUUUAAACCAUGGAAUCUUGCAAUCAAGAUGAAAAAGAAAGCAAAACAGUCCAUUGUUGAGUCAGAUAGUGAAGAAGAAAAUUACAAAGUACCAGAAUACAAAACUGCCAUAACUUUUUAUUCUAAGGACCAAUUAAAUAUUACAUUAUCCAAAUGUGGCCUUGUGAUGUUAAAUAAUUUAGUCGAGGCAUUUACUGAAGCUGCUACUGGAUCUUCAGCUGUCUUCCUAAGGGAUCUAGCUCCGUUUAUGAUUUUAAAUUCUCUUGGACUUACUGUCUCUGUUUUACCAAGUGAUUCUUUUAAUGUACUCAAUGUUCCUAUGGCAAAAUCAUAUGAAUUGAAAAAUGAAGAGAGUUUAAGUAUGGAUUAUGUACGAACUAAGGACAGUGAUCAUUUCCAUGCAAUGACCAGCCUAAGCAGCAAACUCUUCUUCAUUCUCCUUACACCUGAUAACCACUCUGCUGCUGACAAGAUCCCUUUAACAAAAGUAGGACGGCGCCUGUACACAGUGAGACACAGAGAGUCUGGAGUUGAAAGAUCUAUCGUUUGUCAAAUUGACACAUUUGAAGGAAGUAAGAAGGUAACAAUCCGUUCACCAGUGCAGAUUAAGAAUCAUUUUUCAAUCCCAAUUUCCAUUUUUGAAGGGGAUACUUUAUUGGGAAUUGCCUCACCUGAAAAUGAAUUCAACAUACCACUAUCAUCUUACCGAUCAUCCCUUUCUUUGAAGCCGGAAGAUGAAGACUACCAGAUGUGUGAAGGAAUUGACUUUGAAGAAAUCAUAAAAUAUGAUGGACAACUUCUAAAGAAGGAAUGUAGAUCUAUACACCCUUCUAAAAAAUCAUUUGUUAUUAAUAUUGUCCCAGAAAAAGAUAAUUUGACUUCUUUGUCAGUGUAUUCAGAAGACGGCUGGGACUUACCAUAUGUCAUGCACUUGUGGCCACCGAUUCUCAUUCGCAAUCUUCUGCCCUACAGAAUUGCUUAUUACUUAGAGGGCAUUGAAAACACAGUUUUUACUCUAAGUGAAGGACAUUCAUCACAGAUUUAUAAUGUUCAAAUGGACAAAGCCAAGCUAUACGUAAAAUUGCUUGACUAUCUUAAUCAUGAUUGGAAAAGUGAAUUUCAAAUAAAAUCUAAUCAACAGGACAUCAAUUUUAUCAACUUUACGUGUCUCACAGAAAUGGAAAAGACUGAUUUGGAUAUUGCAAUCCAUAUGACUUACAAUACUGGUCAGACAAUUGUGGCAUUUCAUAGUCCAUAUUGGAUGGUCAAUAAAACUGAUCGAAUGUUACAAUACAAAGCAGAUGGAAUUCACCGAAAACAUCCACCUAAUUAUAAAAAGCCAGUUCUCUUUUCUUUUCAGCCAAAUCACUUUUUUAACAAUAAUAAGGUUCAGCUUAUGGUAACUGAUAGUGAGCUCUCUGAUCAGUUUUCAAUUGAUACUGUUGGUAGUCAUGGAGCCAUUAAAUGCAAAGGCCUGAAAAUGGAAUACCAAGUUGGUGUCACUAUAAACCUCAGCAGUUUUAACAUUACCAGAAUUGUGAUAUUUACUCCUUUUUAUAUGAUUAAAAACAAAAGCAAAUACCGUAUAUCAGUGGCAGAAGAAGGAAGUGAUAAAUGGUUCUCUCUUGACUUAGAGCAGUGUAUCCCCUUUUGGCCUGAGAAUGCCUCCAAUAUUCUUCUUAUUCGAGUUGAAAGGAGUGAAGGUCCUCCUAAAAGGAUAUAUUUUAACAAGCAAGACAGUUGUAUUUUAUUGCGUCUUAAUAAUGAGCUUGGAGGAAUUAUUGCAGAAGUUAAUUUGGCUGAGCACUCUACAGUUAUUACGUUUUCAAAUUACCAUGAUGGAGCAGCUACAUUCCUACUAAUAAAUCAUACCAAGAAUGACCUUGUUCAGUACAAGCAAAGUUCUCUCAAUGAAAUAGAAGAUUCUCUCCCUCCUGGAAAAGCGGUUUAUUAUACAUGGGCUGAUCCAGUGGGCUCUAGAAAGCUGAAGUGGAGUUGUGGGCAAAGCCAUGGUGAAGUAACACAUAAAGAUGAUAUGAUGACACCUAUAAGUGUGGGGAAGAAAGUCAUUUAUUUAGUGUCAUUCUUUGAAGGCUUGCAGCGUAUUAUUUUAUUCACUGAAGAUCCAAAAGUGUUUAAAGUAACAUAUGAAAGUGAAAAGGCAGAGUUAGCAGAGCAAGAAAUUGUAUUGGCUUUACAAGAUGUUGGAAUUUCACUUGUCAAUAAUUACACCAAGCAAGAAGUAGCCUAUAUAGGCAUUACAAGUUCUGAUGUGGUUUGGGAGACAAAACCAAAGAAAAAGGCAAGGUGGAAACCAAUGAGUGUAAAACACACUGAGAAGCUGGAGAAGGAAUUAAAGGAAUACCUGGAGUCUUCACCGUUGGAUGACAAGGUUAUUGAGCUGGACACUAACAUUCCGGUUCGCUUAACACCUAGUGGCAAUGACAUGAAAAUUCUUCAGCCAUAUGAGAUACCUUUACGGAGAAAUUACCUCCCAGCACUAAAAGUAGAGUAUAACACAUCUGCACACCAGUCAUCAUUCAGAAUUCAGAUUUAUAGAAUACAGAUCCAAAACCAGAUUCAUGGUGCUAUUUUUCCUUUUGUAUUUUACCCUGUUAAACCUCCAAAGUCUGUCACCAUGGACUCAGCACCAAAGCCCUUUACAGAUGUUAGUAUUGUCAUGAGAUCUGCAGGACAUUCCCAAAUAUCACGCAUUAAGUAUUUCAAAGUGUUGAUUCAAGAAAUGGAUCUCAGAUUGGAUCUUGGAUUUGUGUAUGCCAUAGCAGAUCUUGUCACAAAAGCCGAGGUGACUGAGACAGCAGAGGUUGAAUAUUUUCAUAAAGAUGUAGAAACAUUUGAACAAGAGUAUGAAACAGUUUCAUCAGUAGAUCAAUCUCAAAUCAAUCUCUUUGAAUAUUUUCAUAUAUCUCCUAUCAAGUUGCAUUUGAGUGUUUCACUGAGCUCUGGUAGAGAAGAAGCUAAAGAUUCAGGACAACAUGGAAGACUAAUUCCUGUUCAUUCUUUAAAUCUUUUGCUGAAGAGUAUUGGUGCCACCCUUACAGAUGUACAAGAUGUAGUUUUUAAGCUUGCCUUUAUUGAACUCAACUACCAAUUCCGUACAACUUCUGAACUGCAAUCUGAAGUAAUAAGACACUAUUCAAAACAGGCUAUUAAGCAAAUGUAUGUACUUAUUCUUGGACUUGAUGUUUUGGGAAAUCCCUUUGGCUUAAUUAGAGAAUUUUCAGAAGGCGUAGAAGCAUUUUUUUAUGAACCUUACCAGGGGGCCAUCCAGGGGCCUGAAGAGUUUGUGGAGGGAAUGGCUCUAGGGCUGAAAGCACUGGUCGGCGGAGCCGUUGGUGGGCUAGCUGGUGCUGCCUCCAAAAUCACCAGUGCUAUGGCGAAGGGGGUAGCAGCCAUGACGAUGGAUGAAGACUACCAGCAGAAGAGAAGAGAAGCGAUGAACAAGCAACCAGCUGGCCUUAGAGAAGGCAUCACUCGUGGAGGAAAAGGCCUGGUUUCUGGUUUUGUAAGUGGCAUUACAGGGAUUGUUACAAAACCGAUUAGAGGUGCUCAGAAGGAAGGAGCCGCAGGUUUCUUCAAAGGUGUCGGGAAAGGUCUAGUUGGAGCCGUGGCCAGGCCAACAGGCGGCAUCAUAGACAUGGCCAGCAGUACCUUUCAGGGUAUCAAAAGAGCUACAGAGACUUCUGAAGUAGAAAGUCUGCGACCGCCCCGGUUCUUUAAUGAAGAUGGAGUUAUCCGACCUUACAGACUAAGGGACGGUACAGGAAAUCAAAUGUUACAGGCCUCAAAAAGUUUGAUAUGAAAACUGUUAAUUCAUGACUUUGCAAGUGAAAGCCAACAUUAGAUUUUAGCCUUAAACUUUUAACAAACUCUGCAGCUGUUUCAGUAUUUUGACUAUAAAGAAAAGAUUUUGUGUUGGGAACUUAGGCUAGGAAUGUAAGUCAGUCUAAUCUUGGUUUUGCUUUGGGUAUUCUAGAUCUGCUGAAAACCAAUAUGCCUUGUCUGCCUUUACCCUUGAUAGUACUUAGCAUGUUAGGUUUUUCUGUUUAGGGUACUUGUUCCAUCUCUCAUACCACUACUAGUUUUUAUAUUAAAUAUAAUCUUCACUCCUGUUUUAUUCAUGAAGGAAGGGAAAACAAAACUCAGGAACACUGCCACUGUAAAUCAUCAUGGCUCUUGAGCAUUUUUAAAAUGUCAUGUUAGUAUGUGUAGAGCCUCGUGGGGUUUGAUGCCCAGUUCACAGCAAGCAGUAUCUUUUCGUAAGGAGAUAUAAUUGGGGGACAAUAGUCUGAGGCUGGAAUGGUUUGUCAGUUCAGACUACUUCGUUACUUGAUAACUCAAGUUUUAAAACUUAGAUUAUAGUAGAAGUAAUGACUCAUACCCCAGGCUAUCCCGUUGUAAAAUUGUUUUGGUAUGGAAUACUAAAGUAAGCCAUUUAUUUGAAAAUAAAGAGUUAGCAUUUUUAUAGUUUUGAAAAUAUUCAUAAUAAUAAUAAACUGUUGAAACAUGGAGCUUCUCAAAUUUAGAAUAACCAGGAUAAAAAUCUUAAAAUUGUACUAUUUUACUACUGUAUGUAGAGUAUAUAUUAUUACAUUAAGUGUGCUUUACGUCUUUGCUGGAUUUUCUGUUCAGUGUGUUAAAAUGUAACUGUAGCAUUGCAGUACAAUAUUUAGUAAAGUAACUUUUAAAAACUUUUUUAUUAUUCAUUUUAUUAGUAAAGUAACUUUUUACCCUGGUUUUUAAAUCUUAUUAAAGUGCCAAAAUAUGUGCAGAUUACAAUAGAAUUGGCAGUUUCUUGGGAGGUUGUACCUAAAGGACAUGUUCUGCAAUCUCUACACUGAGAUUCUAUUAUUCUUCAGAGACAGAAAAGUUGUAGGUGUCACCUCUGGCUAAUCCAGUUGAAACAUUUCCACCCUAUAGCUGCCUGCCCUUUUUAAAGAAUUAACAUACUAACUUUUUACAUACUGAAAGUUGAAUGGUUUUCAAAGCAUAAUUUAAAAAUAAUAUUUCUCAAGAACUAUUUUAAUACAAUUGCUAUAAAAUAUGGAUUUGUAGUAAGGAGAAUUUAGAAAUAGACUAUCCUUAUUAUUCAGGAACAGAUUAUACCAAAAGUUUCUCAUGAUGGAUAAUUGGAUUUCAGUGGCAAGGAAGUUUAUUCCACACCUUAACUAGUUGUUUUAUUUGGAAUUUAAAACCAUGAAUUUCUACUCGUCAUAUUUAAAGAUGCAUGUUAUUUUUAGUAGACCAGUCUUUGCUAAAGAUUCUAUUUCACUAAAUAAAAUCUCAUGAUCUUUAUCAGCUUUGUGUAUUUUUCAGCAAGUGUGUUAAAAGCACAUUAUUAACUUGAAUACUUACCGGAAUUUAUAAGAUAUCUUGGUAUAUUUAUAGUUAGCAUUGUUUGUUUACAGAUGUAAAAAGUUAGUUGCUGUUCUGGUAGUAAUAGUGCUUUUCAUAAAUAAAACUGCUAUAUUUUUACCACAUUUGUUAAAAUGUAAUGUAAUAAAAUACACAAUAAAAGAGGUAGAGUUCUUCUAUAGCAAUCAAGAACCCCUAAGUUUGAUGCUGAGCGAUGCAUAAGCCAGCAUGGUGGUGCAUGCCUGUAAUCCAGUAGUUGGGAGG